UUUUUUUUUUACUCUGGCCCCCACCAUUGGCUUGUUCCCAACAGAUUGUUCCAGAGGAAUUGCAAUCUUCAACAGGAAAACAACUCUUCAUUCCACAUAAAUAGAAUUUAACUCUGAUGUUCUAAUUCUCAUUUUUUAUAUUAAGAAAAAUAUGAAUGAAUUAGAAAUGUAUUUAUUUUAGUGUGCCUAAAAUUCAUGUGUGUAUUGUGGGGAUAGUUUUAAAAAAUGAUUUCUUCCAGAUUUCUUAAGUAGCUUAUUGUGCUAGCCAUUUUUAUUUCUAUUUUGUUCAAUAUAUUUCUAAUUAAUUUUCUGAAACAAUUGGGUUUUUGAACAUGUUGUAAAUGUACAUUGUUAAUUAAAUACAAUAAAGGUAUUAGCCCCAAAGAGAUUAAACCUAUAUAGCAGGAAAGAGGGAGUGACUUUCUUUGAUGCUGCAGUUCUAUAUUAAUUGUGAAAAAUGUCUUAAUUGGAGUAUGAGACUGUGUACAAUAUAUCAAUAACUCAUGGUUUUAUUGAAAAGAACUAGUAAAAACACAGUGAAGGAAAAUAUCAUUAUCCCAUGCCCAGGACUGGAGUAGAGUGUUCUGCUACCCUCCAGAAUGAAACUUCAUACUGAUUUCAGAUUUUCUUAAUUGGUUGGUGGAAUAGAACAGUUUAAUUUGGGUGAUCUGAAAUAGGGGUUUUUUGUUUGUAGAAUAAUUACAAUUCUUUCAAAGAAGUAUGCUUGUUAAAUUCUGUAUGUAAGAUACUUUUUUACCAUACAAUUCAAUUUUUUCAAGUGCUUUUAAAUAUUUUUCCUUUAUUUAUUACAGUCUUUUAAAAGAAAGUCUACAUCUAUGGGUCAUGUAAAAAGAAUCUAGGUUCCUUAUUCUGAUAAAUAAUGGACAUGUUUUUAUUACAGAAGAUACUAUAUUGAAAACCUACAAAGCUGGUCUAAGAAUACAGAAUACAUUGCAUUAUCCCAAAGUUCUAUUAACGUUCCAGUGAAAGUCUCUUAAGAACUACUAAUAAUGUGUUCAACCUCCAUUUGCAGAGUUAAAGGUUCUAUUAAUGAUAAACCAUAGGAAAAUAAGGAAUGUACUAUUAUCUUCUACAUUAUGAACUGGAAACAUGUUGAUUGUUAAACAAUAUCAAGCCAUAGCUCUACCUAAGAUUCUAUUCUCUAGUUGGUUUAAAACUAUUCUCGCUAUUCUUUCCAAGCUUUGUAUUGUAAUGGAAAUGGGAGAUGGGUAUAAGGAAGAGGAAGUAUGCAGGAGUCAUGUUGCGGUAAAAACACCUAUGCUUUCUAUAAAAAGUACCUGGGGGGGAAAUUGUUGAUUUCAAAUCUCUGAGCUAAGAUUUGAAUUUAUUUUUGAGUGUGUAAACUGCCUGGAACAAAGCCCAGCCUAAGAAUCACUCUGCAUAUGUGUUGAAAUGUGACUUUUGUUUUUGUUGAGAAGAUGCUCACUUUCAGGAAGAGAACAUGAGACCAGCCUCUGGAAUACUACAUGCAUCAUAAUAUGCAUUUUCAUGAGCUCUGCACUACUAUGCACUACAUAAUGACUAAUACUUUCAGAAGAGAUGGAGAUCCACAAUUUCCUCCUGGCAUUCCCAGUGGCAUUUGCUCCUCCAAGUUUCCCCCUUCUUUGACCAUUCCUGGCUGUUCUAAAUGGUUCGGCUUAUCAAGUUCUUUAGACAUAAUGUUUUAGAAUGCAUUUUGCUCUGAUGGUGAAGCUUCCAUUCAUGCUGAACAAAUGGAAAACUUUCAACGCUUUAUGACACAGUUUUAGUUGAACUUAAAAGAUAUUGAGGACAAAAAUUGGUGCAGUUGGCUUAGGAUGUAUGGGCUGCUGGGAGAGACUUGUUAAUCAUGGCCUCCAUAGAGCUUUGGUGAAAAGAUAAACCAGGUAAUGAGUUUAUAAACCAAGGUUUGGUAACUUUUUACUAGCUGUGGUUGUGCUUGGGUGUUUUUUUUUUCCAAGGACAUGUGCUGUGACAAUAUAAUAAGAUUUUUUAGCUUGCUGCCACCUCAGCUUCGGGCAUUUUAGAAGAAAUUAAACAUAGGAGCUGUUUGCGAUAAGGUAAGGUGAGAGACCAUUGUAGGGAGUCUUAAAGAGGCAUUUGUAGUAAAGUCUCUGGUAAAAAGUAAUUUUUCCAUUGUGAACUUUCUAAGUAGUAGAAAUGAAAGUAGCACUGUCAUCUAUUUUGUUCAUAAACCAUUGCACUAGAGAACAGUAAAACUGAUAUGGGUGAGAUUGGUAUCUUUGGAUGCUAAUUGCUGUCUUCUUAAACAUUGUGUUCCAUUUAUAAAAUGGGAACAGACAACUCCAGUCAGAAAGUCUAUUAAAAAAAUUCCCUAAGAGUUCUCCAUUAGAAUUUAAAAUCUUUCUGGAAGUUUUGGUUGAAAUCUGAGAACGUUUCUAAAGAGUCUCCUUUGUUAUCUAAAGCUAAACAGUCUCCAAGCUUUAUAAUCUGGAAAUACCUGAUAAUAUGUGUUACUUUAGUAUGAUGGCUUUAGAAGCUAUGGCCAGUCAUGGAGACUUUAGUUUCAAAAUGUAAGCUGGUGAGACUGGCAUUCCACUUAAGCUUUAACAGUUACCUCAAAGUAAAAAUCAGUGCUUAACUCUAGCAUUUUGCUUUCCAGUGUGUUUGGAUGGGUGGAAUUGAUAUUUUAAAGAAGUAUAAAAAUAUUGAGAUGUGCUGUGGAACUUGAUAGAUGCAAAGGGAACCCAGGACAUAGAACUUUAAUACACUGGUCAAAUUUUCCCCUUCUCCAAGAAUCUGAGGGAUUAACAUGAGUAAUACAAAUGAGGCCCAAAGAAUCAGACUUUAGCAGGCUCUACAAAAUCUGCCAGGAAGCGAGAGUAUUAUGAACUACAUGUACUACUAUCUUUUGCUUCUUUCUUAUUGUCGUUACGUCUUAUGCUUUGUAUUGCUGUGAGAUACUUUUUCCACAAGAAAAUUCACUUCACUGGCAAUUUUUAUGAAAUGUUUUUAGUAUGUGUACCAUAUCCAUUUUUGUGAAAUCCCCCCUGCCUAAAUGUGUGUGCUGAGAAUAUCAUUUUCUUUCUGAUAUCUCUAGCCCACCUUAGCAAGAUCUAAAGCACAAACUAUUCUGAGCAGAAUAUUUUUCCCAUUAUAAUUUUUCUUUUAACGUUUCUUUUAACCUACUGUUUCCUGCAGUUGUAGGUGGAGCUUUAACUCAAAGUAAAUCGUUCUACCCCACCAACCAACAUUUCAUAAAUAAAAUUGUAAAGACAGUAUUUGUAGAUAUUUUAUUAUGGGAAUUGCAGUCCAAAAUAUUUGGAGGGACUACUUUGGGUAAAAUUAAAGUGGAAGGAUGCUAGUCUAAUUGUAGUGGAAGAAAUGUCUGCAGGUAUGUGAAUUGUAUUUUGAAUUUGCUAGCUAUUGUAUCAUUAAAUGUACUUCCUGGUUCUCUCAACUUGUGCAGUUUUUACAUUGUAUGUACACACUAUGCAUAGACAUACUCCCAUACAGACUACUAUUACUUUACAUUUGCACCUUAAAAUUUCAAUGAAUUUUUUUUAAAAAACCAUGAACCUUGCUUUUCUAUUUUGCUGGUGUUUUAUGUUGCUGGGAUAAUGCAGCCUCUUGUGCACACACCCAAAUUCAUUUCCCUCCCCCUGUUAGCUUAAUGUUCUCUUUCCCUGUCACCCUCUGCCCCCAGAAUUAGUUGUUUGACUGUCUUUCCAUUUAUUUAAUUGUGAGCUUCUAGUCCUGAGCCCUAUAGGACUGCUGCCUUGGCCCUUGUAGCUGGCAUUGGAAUGAACACCCAUGAGAUUUGUUUGCAGGUUGAGAAGCAUGCAUUUAUUUCAUAUGUAUUUUUAGGAAACAAUUUGCUGGGGCUUCGCUGGCCUGCAGUAGUAUGAAUUUAAAAAGAGUGCCCUUUGCAGUGAUUGAAUGUGUAUUGGGCAAAUGUGAGAGGGAGGAAGUAAGUAUUCAGUAGUAGAAUUUGUCUUCAUAGAUUAGAUGCCUAUCAGUCGAGGUCUUGAGAAUAGCUAUGUGGCAGGUUGCAUGAGCAGGUCAUGCUAGUUCCGUAUGAGUUCAAGACAAUGGCAGUUGUAAAUUAUCACAGCAUUAUACUCUGAGCAGUUGUUGCAUUUUUAAAAAAAGUUCAAGAUGUUUCUAAUGUAUACAGUCCUGCUUAGGAAGGGGUUGGGGGGGUGAAUCGUCAUUCUCAAAUGCUAAAUUUGCUGUUUAUGUUUUUUAUGGUGUUUGAUUUUAAACAGCAAAAUGGACUGGGCUGGGAAACAUAAUGGUCCAAAUGAUUCAUCUAGUGAUGGAACAGUACGAUUGCGUGGUCUGCCAUUUGGCUGCAGCAAGGAGGAGAUCGUUCAGUUCUUUCAAGGGUUGGAAAUCGUGCCAAAUGGGAUAACAUUGACGCUGGACUACCAGGGGAGAAGCACAGGGGAGGCCUUCGUGCAGUUUGCUUCAAAGGAGAUAGCAGAAAAAGCUCUGGGGAAACACAAGGAAAGAAUAGGGCACAGAUAUAUUGAAAUCUUCAAAAGUAGUAGGAGUGAAAUCCGAGGAUUCUAUGAUCCACCCCGAAGAAUGAUGGGACAGCGACCCGGACCAUAUGAUAGACCAAUGGGAGGAAGAGGGGGUUAUUAUGGAGCUGGGCGUGGAAGAUAUGGUGGCUUUGAUGAGUAUGGUGGCUAUAACAAUUAUGCCUAUGGAAAUGAUGGCUAUGAUGACAGAAUGAGAGAUGGGAGAGGAAUGGGAGGCCAUGGCUAUGGCGGAGCAGGAGAUGCAAGUUCAGGUUUCCAGGGUGGUCAUUUUGUUCACAUGAGAGGUUUGCCUUUUCGAGCCACAGAAAAUGAUAUUGCUAAUUUUUUCUCACCACUGACUCCUAUAAGGGUUCAUAUUGACAUUGGAGCAGAUGGAAGAGCAACUGGAGAGGCUGAUGUGGAAUUUAUGACACAUGAAGAUGCAGUGGCUGCCAUGUCUAAAGAUAAAAACCAUAUGCAGCAUCGAUACAUCGAGCUAUUCCUCAAUUCAACUGCUGGAGGCGGUUCUGGAAUGGGUGGCUAUGGUAGAGAUGCCAUGGAGCAAGGUGGCUAUGGUUCCGUUGGAAGAAUGGGAAUGGGCAGCAGUUACACUGGAGGAUAUGGUACUCCUGAUGGAUUGGGUGGCUAUGGUCGUGGCAGCGGAAAUAGUGGUGGAUAUUACGGGCAAGGCAACAUGGGAGGAGGUGGCUGGCGUGGAAUGUAUUGAAGAGUGUCAUUGUGUCUCCAAAGCGUGUUGGAAAGAAACAGUACUUGGUCUACUAGGCUUUCUUACAAAACUUAAAAAUUUCUUUUGUAUUGAAAACUUUAUAAUGACUGAAGGAAUGUGUUUUCCCAUUAUUUGGUAAGCAUCAGAUUGUGAUGGGGAAAUCUGUUUUCUGUAGGUUUUAUUUGUUGCAUACUCUGACUUUAAAUAAAUUUUUUAUAUUCAAACCA